UUUCAUCGGAUUCUGUAGUUCUUGCCAGUCUUGGUCUGUGUCAGAGCUAACUCACCAUUCUGGUUUCUAGUGUUGACCAGCAAGCGACCUGGGCAUAGCGCUUGUGUCCUUUCAAGCGCUUCGCCAUUUCAGCUCUAUUUCUUCUCGGAUUUUAUUGUCACACCUCUGAUAGAAGGCUUCAGAUCUUGCAGGAACCUCACGAUUUAUAUUCACUAAACCGUUUCCUUAGACUGUCAUAUCAGCGCAUUCAGAAUUUGGCAACAUGUCAGGAAGCUCGGUCACACUCGCGUUGGAAAGGAUAGCAAGCAAGGAUAAGGAUUUCCGGUACAUGGGGACCUCGGAUCUCCUGAACGAGCUGAACCGAGACACGUUCCGCAUCGACCCAGACAGCGAGAAGCGCCUCUGCCACGUCGUGCUGCAGCAGCUCGACGACGCCUCGGGCGACAUUUCCGGCCUCGCCGUCAAGUGCCUGGUUCCGUUAGUGAAGAAGGCGAGUGAGGCGCGCGUGGCGGAGAUGAGCGCGGCGCUGGUGGGCAAGCUGCUGACGGGCAAGGACCCGCAGCGCGACAUCGCCUCCAUCGCGCUCAAGACCGUCGUCGCUGAGGUGGCGUCGCCCGCUGCCAUCCACCACCUGCUCUCGUCGCUGCCGGCCAAGCUCACUGCAGCCAUUGACUCUCCGGACACGAGCGUGGAUGUGAAGGGCGAGUGUUUGGACGUGCUGGGGGACGUUCUGCAGCGGUUUGGAGUGGUGAUGGCCGGUGACCACGAGAGGCUUCUGGUGCCCCUGCUGCACCAGCUCUCCUCCCCCCGGGCCUCCCUCCGCAAACGAGCCACCCAGUGCCUGGCGAGUCUGGCGGCGAGUCUGUCGGACGACCUGUUGGCGCGGGCGACCAACAGCGUGGUGGCGCUGCUGCAGCGCAAGGACCUCAAGCCCGAGAUGACGCGCUCCUACAUCCAGAUGGUCGGCGCGCUCUGCCGAGCUGUGGGGUACCGAUUCGGCCCUCAUCUGGGCGUGGUGCUGCCGCUCGUGGUGGGCUUCUGUGAGAACGCCUCCGAGAAUGACGAUGAGAUCCGAGAAUACUCCUUGCAGGCCCUUGAGAGCUUUGUGGUGCGCUGCCCCAAGGACGUGUCGGCGCACUGCGAGGCCAUUCUGGACCUGGCGCUCAAGUACCUCAGCUACGACCCCAACUUCACGGACGACGCCAUGGAGGGCGACGAGGAGGGCGAGGGGGGGGAGGAGGAGGAGGAGGAGGAGGACGACGACGAGGAGUACAGCGACGAUGAGGACGUGAGCUGGAAGGUGCGGCGAGCUGCAGCGCGGUGCAUCGCCUCCAUCACCACGUCCCGCCCCGAGCUGCUCGCCACACUCUAUGCCAAGGCAAGCCCGAAGCUUAUCGAGCGGUUCAGGGAGCGCGAGGAGAAUGUCAAGGUGGAUGUGUUCAACGCAUUCAUCGACCUGCUCAGGCAGACAGGCCAUGCCACCAAGGGCCACGCCACCCCUGCUGAUGUGCCGCCGGGCAGCCCGCUGUUUGUGCUGAGGGAAGAGACGCCUCGCAUUGUGAAGUCGCUCAACAGACAACUCAAGGAGAAGUCACUCAAAACGCGGGUGGGCGUGUUCUGUGUGCUCAAGGAGCUGGUGCACGUGCUGCCCAACUGCCUCACGGACCUCAUCGCCCUGCUUAUCCCCGGCAUCCAGAAAGCGCUCACUGACAAGGCGUCCAACUCCAACCUUAAGAUUGAAGCGCUUCUCUUCACUCGUCUCGCCAUGGCCUCGCACCCGCCACAAGUCUUCCAGCCCCACAUCAAGGCCCUGGCGGCGCCAGUGGUGGCAGCGGCGGGCGAGCGGUACUACAAGGUGACAGCAGAGGCGCUGAGGGUGCUGGGCGAGAUGGUCAAGGCCAUACGCCCGCCAGCAGGCGAGGGUUCUGGGUUUGACUUCGCCCCAUACGUGCCACUCUUCUACGAGGCCAUCAUGAAGCGCCUCACCGCGCAAGACCAGGACCUCGAGGUGAAGGAGUGCGCCAUAGGCUGCAUGGGACUGCUCGUGUCCAUCCUGGGCGACCACCUCCAAUCACAGCUCUCCACGUGUCUGCCCCUUCUGCUGGACCGCCUGCGCAACGAGAUCACACGGCUCACAGCAGUGAAGGCGUUUGGCACGAUAGCGGAGUCGCCUCUGCACAUCAACCUCUCCUCCGUCCUCGAGCCCACCCUCGCUGAGCUCACCUCCUUCCUGCGCAAGGCCAACAGGUCGCUGCGCCAGGCGUCACUGUGCACGCUGAACGCCAUUCUCUCCGCCUACGGGGCGGACAUCACUGACUCUGCCAGGGAUGCUCUGCUCACCGAGCUUGCUCCCCUCAUCAGUGACUCGGACCUCGCACUGGCAGCACUGGCCCUGCAGCUCUGCUGCUCCGUCACCAAGCAGGCUCCCCCUGCCUCUGCAGCUGCAGCAGCCGUGGCUGCCAAGGUGCUGCCUCAGGCGCUGGCGCUCGUGCGCUCGCCACUGCUGCAGGGGCAGGCACUGCAGACCCUACAGGAGUUCUUCGCAGUGCAGGUGCAGGCGUCAGCCACGUCCUUCGACUCGCUGCUCUCCGCCCUCCUCUCUGCCGGCCGCCCCUUCUCCUCCUCCAUGUCGCCCGCCGCCGCUGCCGCCGCUGCUUCCUCCUCGGCUGCGGCGCGCCCCGCCUUCUCGUCCGUUGCUCAGUGCGCCGCCGUUCUGUGCGUGGCUGCUGGGAGUGACCAGUGCGGCGCCACUGUGAGGGCGCUCAUGGGGAACGUUGAGUCUGCUGGCCACCCUGCUGCUGACACCCACAAGCAGCUGCUGUCUCUUCUCUGUCUAGGGGAGAUCGGCCGCCGAGUAGACCUGAGCGCGCACCCCACCCUGCCGGCGCUGGUGAUGUCAGCCUUCUCGUCACCUCUGGAGGAAGUCAAGACGGCGGCGUCGUUUGCGCUGGGCAGCAUUGCGGUGGGCAACCACAGCCAGUACCUGCCGUUCGUGCUGCAGCAGAUUGAUUCUCAGCCUAAGCUGCAGUAUUUGUUGCUGCAUUCGCUCAAAGAGAUCAUCUCAGGGCGAGCGUCCAGUGCGGGCAGCCAGGCAGUGGAGCUGGAGGAGGGGAACGUGGCCAAGGUGUUGGCGCUGCUCUUCACGCACAGCGAGAGCGACGAGGAGGGCGUCCGAAACGUGGUGGCGGAGUGCCUGGGCCGCUUGGCGCUCAUAGACCCUGCCAGGCUGGUCCCUGCUCUCAAGGAGCGAGUGGGCAGCCCUUCUGCGUUCACCCGCGCCACCGUGGUAGCAGCACUCAAGUUCACUCUCACUGAUGCGCCUCAGCCCAUCGAUGCUUACCUCAAGCAGGACCUUGCCUCCUUCCUCUUCCUGCUCCGGGACGAUGACAGGCAUGUGAGGCGGGCAGCAGUGCUGGCGCUGACGACAGCGGCGCAUAACAAGCCCGGGCUUGUAGAGGACCUUCUGCCAGACCUGCUGCCGCUGCUGUACGACCAGAUGCGAGUCAAGCCUGAGAUGAUCCGGACCGUUGAUCUGGGCCCGUUCAAGCACACAGUGGAUGAUGGGCUCGAGCUGCGCAAGGCAGCGUUUGACUGCAUGGACACACUCCUCUCCACCUGCCUGCACCGCAUCCAACCUGCCGCGUUCAUCACACCCUUCCUCAUCUCUGGGCUCUCGGACAACUACGAUGUGAAGAUGCCGUGCCACCUGGUGCUGGCCAAGCUAGCCGAGAAGUGCGGGCCAUCUGUCCUGGCAGUGAUAGACGCCUUGGUGGAGCCUCUAGAGAAGACAGUGACGGCGCGCGUGAAGACAGACGCGGUCAAGCAGGAGGUGGACCGCAACGAGGACAUGGUCCGAAGCGCCCUGCGCGCCGUCGACGCCCUUUCAAGGAUCAGCAACGUGGAGUCGUCGAACCGCUUCAAGACAUUCAUGAACAACGUGGUUAAGGCGGGACCUGUGGGGCAGCUGUACAGCCAGAUCAGAUCUGAACAGGACGCUGUUGCUGGCAGCAGCCGUGCGGAGCUAUAGCAUGCCCGCACGUGGAACAUAAUGACGCAAAUUUCAGUCGACCAAAGAGGCACCAUUUUUCUAAUAGAGGUUGAUUUUCGUGCUGAAGCAAUUCAAGUGCAUCCUGUGUACAUUCAGGCAUGCAGGCUUGCCCUCGUUCACACCCUUCCUACAUAUGAGUGGGAAGGAGAAAUGUUGGACUUCAAUGUCUACUAUCGUAUUCUCGUCCUAAGAACUUGUAGAGGGGCAUAUUGGCGAAGAAUUAUCAAUUGGAGGCGUGAGCAAGGUUGAUGAUUAGUUUGCAUCAUGUUGAUCUUGAUGAGUUGGUUUAGGUUGAUAGGAGUACAUAACCGCUAAAUUUAUAUUCCGUUCGUUCAUUAAAUCCUAUGCCUUAUA